AUGAAGUCUCUCGUCGUUUUCUCAAUUCUGGGCUCGGCAAUGGGGAGCAUGGCUCCUCGUGCGUCUCAGGGCAACCUUACACCCAUCACUGUCCGAGGCAAUGCCUUUUUCGCGGGUAACGAGCGAUUCUACAUUCGUGGUGUCGCCUACCAGCCAGGUGGUGCGGCCGACGCAAAAGACCCUCUGCUUGACUUGGAGAGCUUGGAGCGCGAUGUCGCCAACUUCAAGGAGCUUGGUAUCAAUACCAUCCGUAUUUACACAAUCGACAACUCGAAGAACCACGACGAGGGUAUGAAGAUGCUCGACGAUGCUGGUAUCUACCUGGCUCUUGAUGCCAACACACCCGAGUACUCGCUUAACCGUGAGAACGCUGAGACCCUCCACCGCUCGUACAACGAUGUCUACCUGCAGUCCGUCUUCGCUACCAUCGACGCUUUCAAGGAUUACAACAAUCUGCUAGUCCUGUUCUCGGGUAACGAGGUUAUCAACGACAGGUCUAACACUAACGCCGCUCCCUACAUCAAGGCUGUCACCCGUGACAUGAAGCAAUAUAUCUCCAACCGUGCUGACCGCAUUAUUCCUGUUGGUUACUCCGCUGCCGACGUCUCCGAGAACAUCGAACACCAGGCUCUGUACUUCAACUGUGGUUCCGACGAUGAGCGCUCUGACUUCUUCGCUUUCAACGACUACUCCUGGUGUGACCCCUCGUCUUUCCAAGAAUCCGGAUGGGAUCAGAAGGUCGAGACAUACUCUAACUACAGCAAGCCCAUCUUCCUGUCCGAGUUUGGCUGCAUCACCAACACACGCCAAUGGGGCGAGAUUGCCUCCCUCUACCACACCAACAUGACCGGCGUGUACUCUGGUGGCCUCGCCUAUGAGUACACCGUCGAGCCCAACGGCUAUGGAAUCGUUGAGCUUAACAACGGCCAGAUCGAGACCAACGCCGACUACGACCGUCUGAAGGCUGCCUACGAAGCGACCGCCAACCCCAGUGGUGACGGUGGCUACAGGUCCAGCGGCUCGGCUUCCGAGUGCCCGGCUGAGUCUGAUGAGUGGGAGGUCGAGGGUACUAGUCUUCCUGCAAUUCCCACAGCUGCAUCGCAGUACAUGAAGGAUGGCGCUGGUACAGGCCCUGGUCUCGACGGUACGGGCUCUCAUUUCGCUGGUGAGACCAGCGAGUCGACGGCAACUGCUGGUUCUGGUGCGGCCACUCGCACACCUAGCGGAGCUGCCAGCAGUGGAAGCAGCAGCAGCAGCGGCAGUACCGGUGCAGCCCCCAGCGUCGACAUCCCCCUGCGCUUCAUGGGCAUGGUCGCGGCUGGUGUUCUCUUCGGCGCCGCACUACUUCUUUAG